CCAAAUUAUCGCUCGGGAACUAGCCGUAUGAAACGUCUGAAAAGACAGAAGAUAAUUUUCGAAUUUAUUUGAAAGCUUUCAAUUGCACCAAAAUUCAGAACAAUGUCAGUGAAAAACUAUGCCUCUCCAAAUGAACAAAUCAAAACCAUUUUCUCAAGUAUGAAGAUAGCUUUUCCGAAUUGCAACAAGAAAAUAAUGACGCUAGAAUUCAUCGAAGCUUGCGCCGAUGCUCUUUGCCUUCUUGAAAAGUUUGGAAAAGUGUUUGCCCCAGUAAUGAACGACAUGCGUGGAAAUCUUAAAAAAUUGCGAAAUAAAUUCGAAGUGGACAUGCAAGAGUACAAAUUUGUACAAGAUAUAAUACUGAAAGAACAAAGUGAAGACGAAUUGAUUGUAACUGAAGCUGUUUUGUGGCUUAAAAGGGGGCUUCAAUUUAUUUGUAAGUUUUUUGAGCUUAUUGUAUCCGACGCGGAGAAGGAACAAUGCACCGAAGAUAUAAGUCAGUUCAUUAAGACGGCCUACUCACACACAUUGGAAUCACACCAAGGCUGGUUGGGCAUGCAACUGUUUAACGUAUUAUCAAAAUUCGCUCCGAGCCGAAAAAGCCUGAUCCGCAUGGCCACGGACUCAAAGCAAUACAACGAGGAACAGGUCAUUAAAGACAUGCGGCGCUACGUCCACGGAUUAUCCGAGUGUCUCGCAUCCUUAACCCUCUUUUACAUUCAACAGGGACUAUCGCUUGCCCUUAACGGCGAAGAAAGGUUCCUAUAACUCGUUUAAAUAAAAUCAUUUGUUAAAUUUGUUAAAUACAUUUCAAUAAAAUCAUACACACAAACGUACAAAAUAUAUUUAAAGCACGUCCUAGUACAAUGUAUGCGAUUAGAUGAAAUCUGCAUUAAAUAAGUAUAAAAAGGUAAUAGAUAACAUAAACAAACAGGCAUAUCAAUGAAAAAAAUGACCAUCAAAAAAUGUUUUUUUCUAAAUUAGAAAAACAUCCUAUGUUAAGCACUUUUCUUGGUUUUGGGAUUUAAUUUUGUAUCAUUUCUUAUAAAUAGGUUUUAUUUAAAGAAACUGGUAGUUUAGAAGUUAUGGCCAAUACCUAAAGCUAUAUAAAUACAUAAAUUUUCCUAUCCAAAGUUUUUUCAAAAAUUAAUCCAAAAUUUAUAAAAAGUAUACAAGACAUUUUCUAACCCCCGUAAAAAUGCAGUACGGUUUCAAUUUUCGCAAUAGCAUUUCUAAUAGCGUGAAAGAAAAAAAGAACUGAUAGAAUUGGUUUUUUUUACAUUUAGUUGUUACCAAGUUUUUUUUUAAAGAAAAAAUGGCUUUUCAUAGUGUUCAAGAGCAUUUAGAUCUUCAUGAAUGUUGCACAAGAAGAGUCCAGCAUUGACACUAAGAGAAUAUAGGGUACCCACGAAACAUAUUUUUUCACUUGAUUGUUCUAACAGAAGAGAAGCAAUUAGAAGUUCUCCUGUAUUUUAAAGAAAAUAACGAAAAUUCGCAAAGAGAUGCGUCCAGAGAUCUACCGGAUGUUAAUAAAGUUAGUGUUCAAAAGACUUUACCAUCCAUUCAAAUUUUUGCCAGCGGCAACAGGACUUUCAAACGAGACUUUUUAUUUUAUUUUAUUAUUUCCUUAUGAUGGACCACAAUUUUGAAAGUGACAUUUAAAAGAAUCUAUUUACCCAUGAGGCCAUUCUCAAUACGGCCGUUAAGUCCAACAGAAAAAAUACUUAUUACCGACGUAUCUCAAAUGAGAAUCUUGUGUGAUGUCGCAUUAUACGUGAUUGAAUAAUUGGCCCAGCAUUUUAUUACUUUGUUCUAAAUGGUGGGAGAUAUUUAAAUUUGUUGGAGAACUAUAAAUUUCAAUUAAUUGAUAAUCUGCAAUAUUAAAGAGAUUGUUUUUCAACAACUGUUAUAAACUGUUUAAAUCAACGUUUUCCAUUUUGGAUUGGUCGGUACGGGACCAUGGAUUGGCCAGCAAGGAGCCCUGACUAGACACCCUUGGACUUUUUCUUAUGGGGCUGUAUAAAAAACGAAGUGUAUAAAAAUAGGGGUAACAGUGUUCAAGACUUAAAAAUGAAGUGUUAAUAGGUAUAUUUAUUAGUAUAAUUAAUAUGCGUUUACGUUUAUCGUUGUCUCUCAGCACUGUAGGUAUCGGGUUCUGUUGUUCUCUGUACUUGUCUGUCUUGUGCAUGUCACAUUAAAAGUGUGUGUUGCAAAUUCUAUAUAAUAAAGGGCCGGUUAUUGUGUACGUAUUUAUUUUAUUGGAAGGCGUUGAUAUACGUAGCGAAUUCUGCUUUUUUUCGUUCUUUGAUUGGAGGAUUCGAUGCGAUCGAAAAAUUAAAGGGUCGUGAGAAUUAUAGCGUCUGGCGAUUUCAAAUCACUGCUGUUGAAACAUGAUGUCUUUGGGAAUGUGUGAUGGGGCAGAUGGCUAUUAUAGCGACACCUGACGAAACUUCAACGGCCGUUACAACAACAAAAGGCGUUAACCAAAAUAAUUCUUUCCUUGGACAAGUCAACGUACCCACACGUGAUGCAGGCGAAAACAUCGACAGAAGCACCAAGUUUGAGUAAUUAUGAUACAAUGGUGGAUUAUGUCAAUGAAAUUAUUGAUGUUAUUGAAUAGGAGUUAUUAUGCUCCGCGGGCUCACUGAAGAUUAUGACCCAAUGUUGCUGGCACUUGAAAGUUCUGGAACUGACAUAACCUCAGAGUUUGUAAAGACCAAGCCUCUGCAAGAUAAAAAAUGGCAGAAUGGUAAAUGCUCAAAUGGAGGCACAGCGCUGAUAUCAAAAACAGGUAAAAGGACUCCUUGAUGUCGCUCUAAGGCGCACUAUAAAAAUCAGUGUACCCACAACAAACAAAAUAACUUUUCUCAUGCAAAAGUAAAAAAUUUAAAUAGCAACAAAGCUUUGUUUGCGGCUUUUAACAUAAGUGAAAAACAUGUUUUACCAAAUGAUAGUGGAGCUAUUUUUCAUAUGACUGGCAAUAGUGCAUUGUUGUCUGUGCUUUCUGACAAAAAUAAAGGAUAGGAAAUUAUAGCUGCUGACAUCUCUCGGAACGGUAGAUGCGGUUGUCACGUUGCAGCAAAAUGGCAACGAAAGAUGCAUUUCAGAUAUAAAAUAUGCUCGUAACCUGGGUGUGAAUUGAUUAAGCGUCAAUUCACUGAUUUCAAAGGGUUUUAGUGUAUUUUUUGAUUUGCAGAGUUGUAGAAUAUUUGAUUGCAAAGAAUUCACCAACAGGGAAAAGUUGAUAGCAACAGCAAGUAAUGUACAUGGUUUGUACAGAGUUGAUAGAAUACCAGAAAGUGACAUCUGUGUAAAUGCUGCAGAAGUCAUAGAUUCGCAAAUGCUGUGGCACAAAAGGUUAGGCCAACUUUAUCAUUUUAGCAUGAAGCUUUUAAAAGAAGUUUUGGCCUCAGGAAUUCGCUAUUGUGAUACUCAACCUCCAUUCUUGUAUGAAAGUUACAUUAAAGGUAAGCUAAGGGGUGGCUGCGAAUAAACUAUCCUUGAUCCACUCAGAUGUAAUGGGACCUAUAGAAAUAAAAUCCUGCAAUGGUGCUAGAUAUAUUUUUACACUAAUUGACGAUAACACAAGAAAAGUUUUCUGUUAUUUUCGUAAAAGUUAAGAUAAAGUUGUGGAUUACUUUAAAUAAUUUUGUGUAUGAGUCGAAAAUGAAACAGAAAGAAAAAUUAAAAUAUUACGAAGUGAUAAUGGUAGUGAAUACUGCAAUCAGAAUUUGGACAAGUUUUUAAAGCAAAGAGUUAUAAAAAUAAGCUGACGGUUCCUUAUACACCGAAACAAAAUUGUGUAGCCGAACGCUACAACCGCAUAAUAAUGGAUAAGGUGCGCUUAAUCAUGUUUGACAUAAAUUGUCCACGCCAGAUGUGGGUGGAGGCGGCGAACAAGGCGGUUUACCUUAUAAAUAGAUCACCAAAUAAAAGGAUCAAGGGAGAAACUCCAGAGGAAAGAUGGACAGGCAAGAAGAUUGAUCUUGGUCACCUUAGAAUAUUUGGCUGUAGAGCCUUUGUUCGUGUCCCUGAUGAAAAACGAGGGAAACUGGAACAGAAAAGCAAUUUUGUUAAGAUACAGAGAGAACUUUAGUUGACAAAAAAGAUAGUUCUUCAGCAAGCUUCCAAGAAAAAUCGGAGAAAAAAAGGUAUCUAAAAAGAAUUUCUCGUAGGCCAAUGUUUUUUAACGAAUAUGUUUUGAGUGGCUCAUCUGAUUCAGAUAUUGAUUUGGCUAUGUUAUCUUUAAAUCUAGAGUCAGAGGCAGAAACUGGAUCCUAGCUAUUCAAAGGGAGCUUAAUGCUUUAAGACAGAAUGAUGCUUGGGAGCUACUCGAUAGGCCUUGUUAAAUAUCUUUGCUUAAUGUCGCAGUUUUCAGUUAGUGCGCAUGCCUGCAACUUAUAAUAAAGUUCCACGCAGGGUGCCUUGGCUUCGGGAAGACGAGAGUCGGUCGGUAUCCGAGUCGCACACAUAAGCGGAAAGAACUUUUGUCGGUACUAAGAAUGUCGGGAUAAUUUGUUUCUUUUACAAAAUACACAGUGUUAGUCACCUUCCGACGUUUUAUUUUACCGAAAAAUUGUGUUAGUGAAAAUUGCUGAACAAUAACCGCCAAAUCAACAACAUGGUCCUUCGGCGGAUGGGUUUUUUUUGAAAAAAUCCAACGACGAUCGACGACAGAAAGAGGCGUAAACGGUGCCGACGCGACAAAAAAAAGGUCAGAUCAAGUCAUCAAAGUGGGUCCCGCUUUUGCACGUUCCAGACCAAACAAUUCCUGACCGCUUCGCUUUUAUUGAAAAUUGUUUUUGAACAAUGAAUUCGCGUGGAAGAAAGAGAGGCGGUGUAAAAAGCACUCUAACGAAUUUUAAAAAGUAUUUAGCCACGUUGCAAGAAAAAAGCGAGUUUACGGAUUUAGAGUUAAUUGAAUUGCAAUCUCGUUUAGAUAAAAUUGAAUGUGUGUUAUUGCAAAAAUUCUUUGAGAUUCAAGAUGAAAUUGAAACCAUCUGAGAAGAUGUUGAAAAAAAAAUGUACAGAGCGCAACAACUUUGAAUUUAUUUACUAUUCGCAGGUGUCAAUCGCAAAAAAAAAUCUUAAUGAAAACAAGUCAAUUUCUUCUAAAUCAAGCACCGAAUCAGGGGAAUUUUCCGCAACACAAAAUGUUGUUAAUCCUUUACAAAAUGUCAAACUUCCUGUCAUAAAUUUGCCAGCUUUCGAUGGUUCGCUACAAAAUUGGUUAGAAUUUCGUGAUAUUUUCGAGUCACUCAUUCAUAAAAACGACGCAAUCAACGAUAUACAGCGUUUUCAUUAUUUAAGGGCUUCGUUGACAGAGGGUCCUGCUCAGGUGAUUAAAUCGCUAGAAUUUUCUGCAAGCAGUUACAAAAUCGCUUGGGAUUUACUGGUUGAAACGUUUAACAAUGACAAUAAUCAUUAUUAAUAAAUCAUUAUUAAUAAAUAAUCACGUAAAGAACAUUUUCAACAUGGACACAAUUAAGAACGAAUCGGCUGACGGCAUUCGAAAAUUACUUGACACAAAUUAUGUCACGACUCAUCCCUACACCCAUAGGAAGAAGAUGCUCAGCCAGAUUUUGCCGCGUCAGCUUUUAAUCAUAUAAAACUGUUGUUGCGCUUAUUUGUUGGUUAGUCAGUUGAAUACGCUCUUGCGGUAAACAAUUAAUUUUGUAGUUUUGAAAAAUAAAGUUUUUUUAAAAAGCGACUUUCGGUUUCCUGUUAGAAAAGUGGCGCAGUCAGUAGGAUAUUCCGAAGUUUGUCGAAUCGAUCGGUAGACUUUUCGUAUCUACGAUUUAUCGGAAUAUUGGAACUUGUUGAGUGACUGGUGUAGGUGUUUAAGAAGAUUUAUCGAAAACCUGUCGGAGACAUUUCAUCAGCAGCUCAUCGGAAAUUGGUUCUCAAAUCGUUCCGGUUUCGCAAGGAGGCAAAAAUUUGGUAGGACCACAUCGCCAACCUGAGAGACUGUCCCUUAUAGAAAAUGACCAGAGUCGCAUUAUUUUUUAUGUAAGUGCAAUUUUUAAUGUCCGUAGAAGACUUAGCCGAUAUUUUAUCUGAUUUAAAAAUCGUUUCAACUGACUCACAUAGUAGUAGUAAUCAAAAUAUUUCUAUCGAAAACAGUAUAAGAAAUAAUUUAUAUACAGAUAUGGCUAAUAAUUUUAAACCAGAAUAUUUAAACUGUGUACCUACUUUUGAUGGGAACGCUAAUGAUUUAAAUAGAUAUCUUGCUACUUGUGAUAGCCUUAUAACUGCUUUUUACGAUCAAACUAAUCCAAAUAAAUUUGAAAAUAUUUACUUAAUUAAUUGCCUUAUUGGAAAAUUAGUUGGCACAGCCAAAGUAGUAGUAAAUAUACAGAAUGUUUCGACUUGGGAAGAUCUAAAAGUCACUCUUGUAAGAAAUUUCGCGGAUCAACGUGAUGAGGCUUGCCUCAACCGUGAUUUAGUUAUGCUACGGCAGCAACCUAACGAAUCACCCAACCAAUUUUAUGAUAAAGUAUUAUAUAUUCUAAAUCUUCUUUGUUCGUACGUUGAUAACCAUGAACAGACGAACGCUGCGAAAGUUCUUAAAAGGAAGUUAUAUACAGACCUUGCCUUAAAAACAUUUUUAUCAGCGCUUAAAGAGCCUCUAGGUACGAAUAUACGUUGUAUGCGUCCAUCAAGUCUUGCUGAAGCUUUGCAGUUCGUCAAUGACGAAUACAACAAUCAAUACUUUCAAAAUUACUCUAAAACACCUAAACCGCCGAUACAAAAUGUAAGACCUUCAAACCAAAUACUACAAGACUCUUUUGUAAGACCAAAUUUUAAGCCAAACGUUCUAUAUAAUUUUAAUAGUCAAACGCCAAAUAAUCUCUUUAGAAGUCAACAUUAUUUUCCCUCGCAACCGAUAAACAUACAACCAAGACCUAACCCGCAACAACCGAAGUACUUUACAAACUCACAAGUUUUCGGGAAACCCCAAAAUCAAAAUGUUUUCCGCCCUAAUCAAAAUAAACUGUUGCCAAAACCUACUCCAAUGAGUAUCACCACAAAAAAUACUAGCAAUAGUUUUAGAAACCCGUCAAAUAACUUUAACCAACCCUCUAAUUCAAGAACAGACUAUUUUAAAUCUUUUUCACAACAACCUAGGAACUUCACCUUUGAAGAAUUGCAUAACACCGAACAAUAUGGCGAAAACCCUGAAAAAUUUUGCGAAUAUGUAGAACAAGAAACCGAAAACAAUGACCCACCUUACACAUUUGACCAAGACCACAAUUUUCAAAUUGAACAAGAAACAGAACAAAAUUUUUCGAAACCGCCUCUACAAGACGACAAUCCAUAGACGAUCGCGUAUUUUGCCUUAACAAUAUAAACAUUAGUAAAUUACCUUAUAUCGUACUACCCGAACAUAACCUUAAG